CAUCAGAGACUGAACGAUCGCAUGAAAACGACUCACAGCUGCAGACGCAGAAACACUCAGUCUGCUGCAACAACAACUGUCUGUUUGACUUCUUAACUACACGCAUCAUGGUGGACCAGCUUACAUUUGAUAAGGACAACCAGGAGCGCAUCCACGCUGUGGAGAGCUCGUUUGGGCCGGCAGGGAAGCCGCUCGCCCAGCCGGGCCGGGUUCUGGUCGGAGAGGGUCGGCUGGUGAAGCAGAGCCGCAGGGGGCCUCAGCCUAAAGUCUUCUUCCUCUUCAACGAUGUGCUGGUGUACGGCAGCAUCAUCCUGAACGGCCGCUGGCACAAGAAACAGAAGAUCAUCCCUCUAGAGGACAUCCAGCUGGAGGACUUGGAGGACAGUGCAAGUAUGAGGAACCAGUGGUUGAUCCGCACUCCACGCAAGUCUUUCUACGUGGCGGCCGCCUCGUACGAAGAGAAGCGAGCCUGGAUCGAGCACAUGGAGGACUGCCGCUCCAGACUGCUGCAGAAAGAAGGCUGCAGGGCGAGGUCCAUCUUCGCCGUCACCUGGAUCCCCGACCAGGCCUCUGCCGUCUGCAUGCGCUGCUCCUGCAGGUUCUCCGUCACCCAGCGCCGACACCACUGCCGAAAGUGUGGCUUUGUGGUCUGCGGCGCCUGCUCCAAGCAGAGAGCCGUGAUCAAACACAUUCACCCGACCAAGUGGUUGAGGGUGUGCACCAUGUGUCACUCCAGCCUCUCCACGACGCCGGCCGAGGACCAGGAGGUGUCUCGGAUCAGGGGGAGCAGCACCGAGAAGAUCGGCUCGGAUGAGGAUGAAGCAGAGGGGUCCUGUGAGGAGGAGGAGGCAGAGGAGCAGAUGGAGGACCACAACCCUAGCAGGUGGAUGGACUACCAGGUGGACUCCUGGUCGACUUAUGUCUACUUGAGGCCGGAGCAUAUGAGGCCCCGAACAUGAGCCACUCACAGACAUUUGGACAUUUCUUAAACAUGGACACGAUGCUGAUACAGCUGCCAAAAACUCAGUCAUAACCAUAUCAAAACACUGAUGCAAUGGUAUUUAUUUAUGUGAAUUUGUGGGAACAGCUGCUGUGAAGUUUUUACUUUAUUUUCUCUGAUUAUGUGGUCGGAGGAUUUUGAGGAUUUUGAGUAGAACACUGGAGGAAGGCCUCGGUCUGCCUCACUAUUUAUUUUAUUUUAUUUAAGUCUGAUGUCAGUCACGUUUGUAUGUCAGUGUUUUUGUACAUGGCAGCAUCUGCCUCUCCUUUGUCUUUGAAAUGAAAAAUAAAACAUGAUUUAAGAAAAAUAA